GGCUCCCCGCAGACAAUGGACGAGCACCCAGGAGCCGGAGGAGGCGGUGGGAUGGCGGCCGCCCCGAGACCGCAGCAGCCGCCGCCGCAGGCGGGUGGGAACAUGAACCUGCAGUCGGGUGGGGGCUGCGUGGGGGUCGGAGCCGGCGGAGGAGGAGGGCAGCAGCCGCAGCCCCAGGGCCCCGCGGCCCCGGCCGGUCAGGAGGCGGCGGGCCCCGCCGAGCUGUCCCGGCCCCAGCACUACACCAUCCCGGGGAUCCUGCACUACAUCCAGCACGAGUGGGCUCGCUUCGAGAUGGAGAGGGCGCACUGGGAGGUGGAGCGGGCCGAGCUCCAGGCUCGGAUAGCGUUUUUACAAGGGGAAAGAAAGGGCCAAGAAAAUUUGAAGAAAGAUUUAGUGAGAAGAAUAAAAAUGUUGGAAUAUGCAUUAAAACAAGAAAGGGCAAAAUAUCAUAAAUUAAAAUAUGGCACAGAAUUGAACCAAGGUGACUUGAAAAUGCCAACUUUUGAAUCAGAAGAUACCAAAGAUACAGAGGUUCCUGCAGUACCUCAGAAUAGCCAAUUGACCUGGAAGCAAGGCAGACAGUUACUGCGACAGUAUCUUCAGGAAGUAGGUUAUACAGAUACAAUAUUGGAUGUACGCUCCCAGCGGGUAAGGUCUUUGCUUGGGCUCUCCAAUUCAGAACCAAAUGGUUCAGUAGAGACAAAGAACUUAGAACAGAUCCUGAAUGGGGGUGAAUCUCCUUCGUCAAAACAAAAGGGACAGGAAAUCAAAAGGAAUUCUGGUGAUGUUCUUGAAACAUUCAAUUUCUUAGAAAAUGCAGAUGAUAGUGAUGAAGAAGAGGAGAAUGACAUGAUAGAAGAUAUUGCAGAAGGAAAAGAAAAGCAUCGGAUAAAUAAGAAACACAAAAUUGGUAAUGAAGGUUUAGCUGCUGACCUUACAGAUGACCCUGAUACUGAAGAAGCUUUGAAAGAAUUUGACUUUUUAGUGACAGCUGAAGAUGGUGAGGGAGCUGGCGAAGCUCGAAGUUCAGGAGAUGGAACAGAGUGGGACAAAGAUGACCUGUCCCCAACUGCUGAGGUUUGGGAUGUAGACCAGGGACUAAUAAGUAAACUGAAGGAACAGUACAAGAAGGAACGAAAGGGGAAGAAAGGGGUAAAGAGAGUCAACAGGACAAAACUUCACGACAUGAUAGCUGAUCUGGGCGAUGAUGAGAUACCCCACAUCCCUUCAGGAAUCAUUAAUCAAUCUAGGUCACCCUCUUCUAGAAUGACUGAUCAUGAAGGUGCAAGAGCAGAGGAAGCUGAGCCAAUAACGUUUCCACCUGGAGGAGGCAAGUCAUUUAUUAUGGGUUCUGAUGAUGUGUUGUUAAGUGUACUGGGCCUUGGAGACCUUGCAGACUUGACAGUAACAAAUGAUGCAGACUAUAGUUAUGAUUUGCCAGCUAAUAAAGAUGCCUUCCGAAAGACAUGGAACCCUAAGUAUACGCUACGCAGUCAUUUUGAUGGAGUGCGGGCAUUAGCUUUUCAUCCUGUAGAGCCUGUGCUGGUUACAGCCUCUGAGGACCAUACUCUAAAACUCUGGAAUUUGCAGAAAACGGUUCCUGCCAAAAAGAGUGCCUCUUUAGAUGUAGAACCCAUCUACACAUUUAGGGCCCACAUUGGACCGGUAUUGUCAUUGGCAAUUAGUUCCAAUGGAGAACAGUGUUUCAGUGGUGGUAUUGAUGCAACCAUCCAGUGGUGGAACAUGCCUAGCCCUAGUGUGGAUCCAUAUGAUACCUAUGAGCCAAACGUUCUAGCUGGCACAUUAAUUGCUCACACAGAUGCAGUCUGGGGUCUUGCUUACAGUGGUGUAAAGAAUCACUUACUCUCUUGUUCAGCAGAUGGCACUAUUAGGUUAUGGAACCCACCGGAAAAAAAUCCCUGUAUUUGCACUUACAAUGGAGAGAAAGAGCAUGGAAUACCCACAUCAGUCGACUUUAUAGGUUGUGACCCUGCUCAUAUGGUGGCAUCUUUUAACACUGGCAGCACAGUCAUCUAUGAUUUAGAAACAUCCCAGUCAGUGGUAAUGUUUUCAUCACAAGUAGAAUCUGGUGUACAAUCAAAUAAUCAUAUUAACAAGGUAGUAAGUCAUCCCACACUUCCUGUAACUAUUACAGCACAUGAAGAUAGACACAUCAAAUUUUUUGACAACAAAACGGGUAAAAUGAUCCAUUCUAUGGUUGCUCACUUGGAUGCUGUCACAAGCCUAGCUGUAGAUCCUAAUGGAAUCUAUUUAAUGUCUGGAAGCCAUGAUUGUUCCAUUAGGUUGUGGAAUUUGGACAGCAAGACAUGUGUGCAAGAAAUAACAGCUCAUAGGAAAAAGCUGGAUGAAUCAAUUUAUGAUGUAGCAUUUCAUCCAUCAAAAGCAUAUAUUGCCAGUGCAGGAGCUGAUGCCCUUGCCAAAGUAUUUGUGUGACAUAGCAGAACAAACCUGCAUCAUAACAGCAGGUCUGUUUGGACAAAAAAGAGGGAAUGCGUCACUGCCAUCAAUUAUAAGGUUACCAAUAAGACACUACAUCUGAUCUGCCUGGGUGAAGGCUCUUAAGUGGGGCAGGUAGAAGUUGGUGAAAAGUCACCACAUCCUGAACAAUGUCAGGCUCAUUCAUUUAACUGUAAUUACUGUAUUUGGGGGGGUGGGGACAAAUACAAAAAAGAAAACCAGUAUUUGUAGCCUUGACUGGAUAUGAACUGAGCGUAUGUCUGUUCUUUAGGUGUCUUUAAGCAAACGUGGAGUCUGAUCUUACAAAAGACUUUUAUUUUGGACUCUGUGUGCUGCCUUAGGGUUAGGAAUGUGGUGCUCUUGUGGGGGGAAGUGAGCUCCAAGAGUAGCUUUCUUUUCAUCUCUUAGUAAUCUUCUGUUUAUCAGUUGAAUGCCACAGAUUCCCCUUUUAAACUUUUAUUUUGCUUUAAAGAAAAGGAAAUUUAACUUAAAAUAUUUUAGCAUUAGUUGCACAAAAUGUUUGGAUAAAAUUCUAGUUUUUAUAAGUCUUUUUAUAUAUUUAGCCUGUCACAACAGUGCUCAAGAUUGUAUUGAUAAUGUUUUUCUGCAUUAUAGAACCCUAAAACACAGAGAUCUCACUGACCCGCUGCCGUGUAACCACAAUCUUCCCUUCUUUUGCCUAAUACAGCUCAGCUAAGUCCUUGCUUAAGGAUGCUAAUUCAUCAUCAUCGCAUAACUGUCUUCAUAAAUAAAGGACUGUAAAAUGUGUUCAAAUGAAACACAGAGGGGUUAACACCCCUAAAUGAACUCUUAAAAAAAUUAAUCUUGGCAUCCUAUCACUAUGUGAUAUUUUGUACAUCUUACUGUAUUUACGAAUUUAUUUAUCAAGGAUUACCCAUCUUGCUAAUGGCCUAUUGUUAUUUAUUUCACUUUUUGUUGGUCUUUAUAUCCUUUUAUGUAGUGUGUUAAAGGGCCCUGUAUAUCUGUUAUGACACUCUUUGAACAGUCUAAAAUAGAUGAGAAAAUGGGACAUUUGAUAAUUCUGAAGUUGCAAACCAAGAAAUUCUUUUUCCUCUGGUUACAAGUACCUGGAGUGGAGUUGAUUCCAAAAAAACAAUCUUGUUUCAGAACCUUUGGAGUGAAAAUUAUUUUUAUUUGCAUUUCAAAUAGAAUACAAAAGUAGUUAAUUCAAGAUUCAUAAAUCUGCUGUGUUUUGACUAGUUACUCCCUGCUUUUAUUUUAUUUUUCAGAAGUGCUUCAGUUUAUGGUGUAACUAAAAAUUUUGUUUGUGUAAUGCAUGAUUAAUACAAAAAAGUAUUUUUUCUAGUCUUCCACAAAACUUUUCUGAUCAGUUUGCGAGUUUUGAUGAGUUUUGUAAGGUUUCUGUUUUACAAACUAUGAAUCAGCAAAUUUUUAAGAUUGUACCGCAUAGCAAAAGUACAGCUGUUGAAAAAUAAUGUAUAUAAAAUGCAUAUAAUAAAUAUUAAAUGGUGUACCUGUA